AUGGGCUCACCGAAACAGCUAACAAGGUCAUUUUACAGGCACUUAAAUAAAAAGGUAAUGUUAGCAAAGGGAGAAUGGGCCGAGCUAGUACCCGAGAUACUUUGGGGAUACAAUACUACCCCGCAAAGAUCGACGAACGAAACACCUUUCAAAUUGAUUUUCGGAUCCGACGCCAUGAUCCCAGUGGAAAUAUCCCAAGGAUCUAUAAGUACAAACUACUUCGAGGAUGCCGUGAACAACCAAAUAAGACAGGUUGAGUUGGACACGUUAGAAGAAGUAAGAGACGAGGCAAGGAUCAGAAGCGAAACAAUGCAACAAAUAAUACGGAACAAAUACAACAAAAAGUUCAGACCACGGACAUUACAACAAAGAGACCUAGUCCUAAGAUGUCUAGAAGAUGUUCAGAAACCACCAGGAUAG